CUGCAUUUGCAAUGCUUGGCUCCUCCCUCCCAGACCCAGGAGCAGGUUAGAGUCUCCGUUUAACUCCACUUCCCUGCUGGUGGUACAGGUACGGGGGGGCCCCUGGUAUCAUAGAGCCUGACGCCCCCAGACUUCCUGCUCACUGUCUUCCUACAGAUCCUCCCUGGACCAGCUCCAUGUCAAGCGCAGGCUGACACCGCUUCACUUUAAGGAGGAACAGAAAGUACCAACAUGAACAGACUGGGGAUGGAUGACAGCCUCCUGGAUAACAUUGACCCCUCUCUGGGGGGCAGCGAUAUCGACACUGCCCUGCUCAGUGAUAUAGAUGGUAAGUCACCCUGCCCGCUUCGUGGCUUAUUGGCUGGGAAUGAAGGGGUUAAGGACCUGGGCACAAACUUAAAUAUACGAACACCCCAACAUGGUGACGCACGGAUUUGGGGUGCUCAGUGUACCCCAAGGCCUGGUUGGUGCAUUAUUAUACUGUCUAAGUGGGGUUCUCUUAGAGAAGUGGUAACCUCAUGUUGAUAGCAGAUUAAUAUUGAAUAUAACUGCACUUUGUAACAUACAGGCAGUAAGUGAUGGUCUCCUUAGCUGAUGCUGUGUUUUGGGGUGCCCUGCUUCACGUUGCAAUGUUUGAAGGCAACAAAAAGCUACACCCAUAAUGUGAUAGGACUACAACCCCCCAAAAUGCACUGCCAGCCUGAAUGUUGGCAAAGCAUCAUGGGAGAUGUAGUCCUGUAAUAAUGGGGAGGGUUACCAUUUUGCAUUCUCCUUAUUUUAGGAUGGAUGUGAGUACUGUUCCUUGAUACUCUUAUUUACAUUUUAAAGCCCCUGGAAUUCACAUCCCAAAGCGGGGUCCUAUAGCCAUUUCCUUGCAUACCUCUGGAUAAAAUGCCAUUUUUUUGCCUGGCUCACCCACCCCCACCCCUUGGUCUGAGUACCCCAUGUGCCUGUGUUCCUUUGAAUCCUGAGAGCUCUUGCUGGCUGAGAGACAGACCCAAGAGCUCCUCCCCCUCCGUGACAUCACACGGGGUUACUGUCGGUCGUUCUCCCUGCUGUGUAUACAGUAUAUGGCAGCACAGCUCUGCUUUGGGUGUCCUGUAAAGUGGACACAUCUCCUAUUUACCUAGAAUCCAAGAUCAAUAUUAGCUGAUAACAUUAUGACCAAGUAACACUUGUGACUGAGAACAAAUGGAUAUUUUUAGAACAGGGCAUAACACGUUUGUAUAAUUUUGGCUGCAGGGAAAGUUUAUAACAUGCACACUAUAUGGUAGAUUUUAAAUUUUAUAUCUUUGGGAUAAGUAAAGCCCCUGGUCUGUGAUCUGUCUAUUACACACAAUGCUUCCAGUUCACGUACUGGGCUGUUUCCCUCUGACAUCGCACAUUCUAAGAAUGAACCCAGAAACUCAUUCAAAUAACUUGUAUACGUCCUCACAUUCAUUAUCUGGGAGCAUUCUUAAACCUAUUGUACAACGCUACUCAAUAUGUUGGCGCUUUCCUGCGUGACUUGUAACAAAUUGAAUUCUGAAAAUCAUUUGGAAAAUAAAUUGCCAACUCUGCAAGUGGUGGGCACAGCGUGGUAGAUUUUGCAUUAAUUUCAGGUGGUUUUGUAAAUAAAUCCAAAGACGUGGAAAGCCAUUUGCUUCCUGAUUGGGGGUUUGGUGUCACCCGACUGUUUCUAUUUACGUCUGACUGUUUGUGGAGCUCCAGUAUAGGGUUGUGCUUUUAACAUAAUAUAUGCUGGAAGGAAUUGCAGUAUCCGGUCUUCCUGCCUUGGUCGAUGAUUUGUAGGACCAAUUAAUGGCUGCCAUUGUAGACUGUAUUUAUUUAACCCAUAAAACCUUAUUUGUGUUUAUAUUUUCUUCAAUUUUUUUAAAGCCCUUUUUUAUUUCCCAUUAGCGUUACGCAAUUUCAGCCUUUUUUUGUUUUGUUUUUUUCAGCCGGAGCUUUGAAUUAUUUCUAAAAUUGUAAAGACUUGUACCUGUUCUCCAGUCUUCGCUUGGGAUUUUUGGGGCGUUCUGAUGGUUAGCUGAGGCCCUGUAUACUGGGGAACAGACAGAGGGUAUGGGUUGAUAGUUUGCCCUCCUAGCUAGGGGUACAUUUGCCAGAUCCACCUUGUUUUCCUGGGCAGACAUCAUUUCUUCAUGUUGUGUGGCACAUGAAAAGUGCUGCCGUGCAGGAUGUAAAUGUUAUAAUUCAGGAUUCCUGAUUGAUCACAGCUGAAAUCGUAUGAGGUGGCUUAAGUUCUAGGUGCUGCACAAAAGACUGUUUAAUGUUUUCUGGGAAAUAUUGAGGAAAUGGGGGACUGUUGAAUCAUGUGUAUACAUGAUGGCAGAUGUUGCAUCCAUUGGAGUGAGCACUACACUGGGAUUCUAGGUUUCUGCAGUGGUUAUGGUGCGUAGCGUGCCCCUGUAACACAUCCUGUACAUGGCUGGUUCGUUCUUUCCCUUUGCUCUCGGAGCAGGGGUCGGCUGUAAGACUAUAUAGGAAUGCAGCAUAUCAAUCAAAACUCAGUCUGAGGCGAGAUGUGCUGAUUCAGCAGAUUAUCUCACAGGUAGUCAUCACAAAAGCUCUGCAGAGCCAGGGUCUCUGUCUAAAUGAGAACCAUCCAGAGGGGUCGAGCUCUGUUUGCUGUACACAGACAGAACCUCCCCAUCCAAAACAAGCAGAGAAUUUGCCAAAAAACAACCCAGGAACUGUUUGCUGCUGAGAUUUCACAUCUCAACCCAUCGUUUGGACUCUCUCACUGUAUAGUAAAAUGUUCUGAUGUAGAGAUGAACUUCAACGAGAUUACAUUAUCACGUGGGAUAAAACCACUUGAAAAAUCCCAUAAGAACGGAACAAUAGGCACUUUGAAACUCAAUCGGGUUAUGUACUAAAGUAUGAAUUUUACAUUUUAGACUAAUGUUGCUAAUUUGUAUUGUUCAACUCCGCUAUGUUUCCAGUUUCACUUUUUAAGUCUAAAAUUUUUUAAUUCAAUUUGAAUUCACUUCGAAUUGACAACAACACUAUCCUUGUCAUUCACUAGUGUGUCUUACCAGGAAUUCAAAGUAUAUUUCAAAUUUAGGCCAGAGCAGCCGAGCUGGGAAUAUAGCAGACUUGGAGAAUUUUAUUUUUAGCUACCGUGGCCAUAAAAUUGAAAUUCACUUGGAUGUCCCCACAAUUUUCACUGUAGCGAGUAGCCAUGUUGGUUUUGUUCACUAAAAUGUGCUUUUUGGAGAAUUGAUGAGGGAGCAGCAUACUUAAGGCCAGUGGAUAUCAUUCUAUGCCAGCUCAGUGAUUUUGCCAACACUGGUAUUACAGCAAUUCUCACUAAUUAUAGGUUUAGACCAUAAACCCCCCAGUACUACUUAAAGUGUGGUUCAUUCAUGUACUUCUAGAAUCGGUCUGGCUAUAAAAUCCAGGUCAGACCUAAUGCUUGGCUAGUGAGACACAGCUAGGGACUGUCUUUUAGAAAUCCAGGCUAGUUGGCUGCUGUGCAUUAUUUAUCUGAGAGUUUGGAUGGUUUCUUUUUAUGAGUUUUGUUGUGGGGACAAUUUAAACACCCCAAUCUCACAGGACGUAUUCACAUACUCUGUACUGAUAUACCUCUUUGUGUUAUUUACUAACCAGGCGUUAUGGAGGAUGGCUCCUGCCUGGGGGGUUUGAAAAGAAUCCCUCUGGUAGAAGGGAAAUAUUUUGUGUCCUGUGCUGUUUUCGCUGUGGGGGUUCUAGUUAAUCGAAACAUGAUUUUUUGUAACGACUAACCUGCUGUGUCUAUAGUCCAGUUAGGUUAAACAACUGAUACUCCCCUCUCCCACCCCCCAAAAAAGAAACCAACGCAAUAUCAACAAAACCCCCACACGGGUGAAGAGGGAUAAUUGUGAUAUCACAGAGAAUAGUGCACUAACACACCCAUUGCUCCCCCAGCAAUGAACAGCAACUCCUAUUAUAUCCAGCCAGCCAUCAGUUUGAUUACAAACAGCCCAUUUACGGAAUGUUUGUUUCUUUUUACAAUAGCCGUUUGUGUGUUUCCAGUGUAUUUCUCCCCCCCUCGUCCCCCAAAUCCUCUCAGUAAUGUGUAUGUUUCCUGGGGUAAGGGGUGGGGGGGAUCUGGGAACAACCUCUAGUAACCUUGUGUAGGUUGAAGUUCCAGUGAACGACAGUAACCUUGAGACAGGCUGGUCCUUCCUCUCAUAGGAAGGGGAAUUUCUCUGCCGCGGAUUGGCUAUGAGCAGUCACCUCAUGUUAGAGCUGUGAUUCAGUCUCUUCAAGCCAUGCUCCUUCUGCAGGAGGUGCUGCGGCUCCACUAGGUGGAGUUAGGGGCUGUGACUGAGACUGGAGGAGGGAACAGGGGGAGAGAGGGAUGCACAAAAUCCUGCUCUCUGCCCAGCCUAUAAAUGUAACAAAUGUCUUGGGCAGAGUAUGCUCGGCGCCAACGUUUGAAUUGGUGUACCGGGUUAGGGGGAAGGGCACCUAUUGACUAAGGAGGUGCUGCCUGUACUGCUCGCUUUGCAUGCCAUGGAUUUCACCUUUGAAGGUACACAGCCCCCCAUAAUAUAGACUCUUGGGUUAACCCUUUGAUGGCCAGAGGCAUGUACACGUCUGGCACUCCUGAGGUUAAAUGGUAAACCUAGCCAGUAGAACUGAUAGAGCGUGGUUGGUUGUUUAACCCCUCCUGCUCCAUGGAAAGUUCAGGAUGAUUAACCAAACCAAAAGAUUAAAGCAGCGCUAUGGACUAUGUUGGUGCUGCUUAUUAGAAACCAUAAUUACAUACCUAGGAAUGGAUUUGAUAAAAGGAUAUAACGUGCAAAUCAUGUUAACCCAUUGAGGGGCCCAGAUAGUGGUUAACUCAAUGCAAUGCUGUCUGUGUUGGGAGGCAAAAAGUGUUUUUUUUUGUUUUGUUUUUUUAAGUUCUCAGCAGCAAAAAUAAAAUCUUAAGGUGUAAUUCUACAAGUAUGCGAUUAAACACUUACGGAGUAUGUUUGCUGUUUUCCUACGUUUUAACUGAAGUUUAAUGGAUUUCUGAUCACCUCAAACCAUAUUUAGUGCAUUCACCUCGGGGAGCGCCAGUGCCAUGUCCGUGUAAUAUAAAUAAAAUAUCCAUUAUAAUUAUCCUCCUGAUAACACUGAACAGUCAGUCCCUCACUCUGCAGCAUUAUAUUCCUUGUGUUAUGGGAGUUGCAGUCUGCUAAAAUGGCUCUGACCAUUUUUAUAAUUUUAUCUUCUUUUUUUUCCCCUCUCUCUCAGAUAUGCUCCAGCUGAUUCACGGACAGGAAAAUGACUUCGCUGGUCUGUUUGACUCUCCCUUUGGGACGGUUAAUGCCCCCACGCAGAAUGUCUCCCUAUCGCUCAAUACCCUGGAGGGUUUACUGGCCGCCCCUACGGAGGGAACUCCUAUAAAGAUGUACCCCCUUUCUACGUCCAGCUUCCCAGGGCCUCAAACUCAGUCUCUCUCUCAGGAUAACUUCGGACAGCAGCUAAAACCUGCAACGCAGAACUGUGUGAAGGAUGAGCCCAUGCAGAUCUGUACCACUCCGCAGACUAAGAUUCAGCCAAGUUCACCCCAAUUGCAGAAUGGAAUGUUUGGGAAAACGUCCGUGACACAAGCCCAGACUCCAUUCAACACCCAACCUGUCGGAAGCGGAUUCCCCGAGCAGGUGACAUACACAGGUAAAGAAAGGGGCAAUACAGGUAAAAUGGGAAUUUCUGUGCAGUUAUUCGAAUCUCCCAGAACCCUCCAGGUCAUCAGUAGCUUUAGCCACCUUUCAGUGGGCUUAUCAUAUCCAUCGCCCAAUGCCACCACCAAAUGGAUCCAGUAACAAACGCUACCUACCCUCUGACACAGGGAGAAACUACUGAAGGAUUUUUACAGGAUUUUAUCUUAGCAUUUACUAGGAAGUACACUUGGUACUUUAGAACAGGGUACUCAGGUUUCCAAGACUGGAGGGGUCGCCAAUCUUCUUAAUUUUUUUCUUUUAAUUUUGAAAAAUAUAUCAACACAGCAGUACAUAAUAAGCAAUACAAUUUCUCCAUAAAAACAACCAAAAAAAAAAAACAUCCCCAUCCCCCCACAGGGAAAAGGUGCUUUUCACAGCUGUAGCUGUAAUCCAUCGCAUUAUCAGUCUGUGUGAUGUGCUGACAUCUCUUGUUUCAGCACUGUGUGAUAUGACAGGGAGAUUAAAACCAUACAAAAUAUUGAAAUUCAGCAUUAAUGUGACAGUAUAUGAAUCGUGUAGGAUUCCAUUGUUACAAAAUCCUGAGUGGAUGCUCAGAGCCCAUAUUCUGUCUCCACGUUCUGGAUUUUAGUCACAUUUUGGGGUCCGUUUAACAAAACAAAAAUCUGUGCACAGGGAAGUUGGAUGGGAUUGCAGCCCGCACGUUGGGUUGUGAGCCGCCAUUUUACGGUUUAUUGAAUAUCCCCUGUUUUGGGGACAUACAGAGGCUGUUAGCCUAACCACAAGUGACCUGCAUUUUAUUAUACUGGAGAUGGAGAGGUGAGAAGGCUGCUUAGAUAGUGUGUGUGUUAUAGGAGGUAUGGGGAGCUGCAGUGAGCAUGCUGCUCAGGUAGUGUGGGUUAUAGGAAGUGUGGGGAGCUGCAGUGAGCGUGCUGCUCAGGUAGUGUGGGUUAUAGGAGGUGUGGGGAGCUGCAGUGAGCGUGCUGCUCAGAUAGUGUGUGUUAUAGGAGGUGUGGGGAGCUGCAGUGAGUGUGGGUUAUAGGAGGUGUGGGGAGCUGCAGUGAGCGUGCUGCUCAGAUUGUGUGUGUUAUAGGAGGUGUGGGGAGCAGCAGUGAGUGUGCUGCUCAGUUAGUGUGGGUUAUAGGAGGUGUGGGGAGCUGCAGUAAGUGUGCUGCUCAGUUAGUGUGUGUUAUAGGAGGUGUGGGGAGCUGCAGUGAGUGUGCUGCUCAGGUAGUGUGUGUUAUAGGAGGUGUGUGGAGCUGGAGCAGGUAGUGUGGGUUAUAGGAGGUGUGGGGAGCUGCAGUGCGCAUGCUGCUCAGAUAGUGUGUGUUAUAGGAGGUGUGGGGAGCUGCAGUGAGUGUGGGUUAUAGGAGGUGUGGGGAGCUGCAGGUAGUGUGCUACUCAUGUAGUGUGUAUUAUAGGAGGUAUGGGGAGCUGCAGUGCGCGUGCUGCUCAGAUAGUGUGGGUUAUAGGAGGUGUGGGGAGCUGCAGUGAGUGUGCUGCUCAGGUAGUGUGUGUUAUAGGAGGUGUGUGGAGCUGGAGCAGGUAGUGUGGGUUAUAGGAGGUGUGGGGAGCUGCAGUGCGCAUGCUGCUCAGAUAGUGUGUGUUAUAGGAGGUGUGGGGAGCUGCAGUGAGUGUGGGUUAUAGGAGGUGUGGGGAGCUGCAGUGAGCGUGCUGCUCAGAUUGUGUGUGUUAUAGGAGGUAUGGGGAGCUGCAGUGAGCGUGCUGCUCAGAUUGUGUGUGUUAUAGGAGGUAUGGGGAGCUGCAGUGCGCAUGCAGCUCAGGUAGUGUGUGUGUGUUAUAGGAGGUGUGGGGAGCUGCAGUGAGUGUGGGUUAUAUGAUGUCAGAAGAUCUAAACAGUAUUUGUUUCUAAAACGUUUCAGAUGACUGUUUUCCAUAUAGUGACUAAAGAAAAAGCAGGUUGAGAUCUAACCACCUUAUGUGGCCAAGUUAAAGGGAACACUAUAGUCACCUGAACAACUUUAGCUUAAUGAAGCAGUUUUGGUGUAUAGAACAUGCCCCUGCAGUUUCACUGCUCAAUCCUCUGCCAUUUAGGAGUUAAAUCCCUUUGUUUAUGAACCCUAGUCACACCUCCCUGCAUGUGACUUGCACAGCCUUCCAUAAACACUUCCUGUAAAGAGAGCCCUAUUUAGGCUUUCUUUAUUGCAAGUUCUAUUUAAUUAAGAUUUUCUUAUCCCCUGCUAUGUUAAUAGCUUGCUAGACCCUGCAAGAGCCUCCUGUAUGUGAUUAAAGUUCAAUUUAGAGAUUGAGAUACAAUUAUUUAAGGUAAAUUACAUCUGUUUGAAAAUAAAACCAGUUUUUUUUUCAUGCAGGCUCUGUCAAUCAUAGCCAGGGGAGGUGUGGCUAGGGCUGCAUAAACAGAAACAAAGUGAUUUAACUCCUAAAUGACAGUGAAUUGAGCAGUGAAAUUGCAGGGGAAUGAUCUAUACACUAAAACUGCUUUAUUUAGCUAAAGUAAUUUAGGGGACUAUAGUGUUCCUUUAAGGUUUGAUAUGGUCUUAAUUUAUAGUUCUAACUAUAGAUAAUUCAAAUAAUCCUAUGUCCAUUGGCAUUGCAACUGAUUUGUGGCUAUACAAGAAUUAAGAAUGGUUUAUUUCUAGUAAUGAUCAAUGCAUCCUGUAAGUGCAGGGUUUCCUUGUGCAGAUCAGGGCGCUGUCUACUUACACACGCACAGCGGAAGCUUUAUAUACGUGGGAACGUCUUUAGUAAAUACAGACCAUUAGACGAGUGAGAGACAGUGUUGGCAAAAGCGGACUGUCUAAUCCAGUAUAGUGGCUGUAAACGUCUACAUAAUAAGCUCCUUCAAGCAGAGUCUACAGUAACGCCUUGUUUGUGAUUAACACUUAUUAUAGUUUGUAUUAUUUAUUUGUUGUACCACUUCAUUGAAAUUGUAAAGCGCUUUAUAAAUUCUAAUUAAAUUUUGUUUUGUGGGUGUAACUGUGUACUGUCUUCUACAAGAACAAAUUUAUUUUACUUUAGAGAUAUUGUCACCACCACUCCAUCUGUACAACUUGCACUGCACUCCAGUUUGGGUAACUAGAUAGAAAGUAGGUGGCAGCAAUAGUUACUGAUGAGCUGGGCUUUGGUAAUACUGAUCGUAUUUGUCUGAGCCACCUGUCCAGGUCUGCCUGAGCACACCUGAAGCUCCACGCUAAUAAUCUUAUACAGAGUAAGCUCGAUGCAAUGCAUUCAGUCUUUCUGGGGACUUUUAUCUGUUGCCCUCAGAAGUGGAAUAUCGUGAAAUGGCAGGAUAGCAGUCCAAAAUUGGGACUCUGCUGCGGGACCCGAGACUGUUGGGAGGUAUGCAGUGCUAGCACUUUCAUGCCCCAGUUUUAUAGGGAAGGGGGAGAAUUAAGGUUUUAAGUUGAUUGUGUGUUUUUUUUUUUGUUUUUUUUUUAUGUAAUCGUAUUUAUUUCUUGUACCUUUUUUUUUUUUUUAAUUCACCCUACGCUUUCUUCUUUGAGAUCCAUCUUGGAGAUGAUUGGAGUGAGCCUUUUGUAAAUCUUUGUACUAUCGUUUUUACGCAUUGUGUACUAGACUUUUUUCCUUGCUCCAUGUAUCCAUAUUUGGAGUAGCACCACAUAAAUGGGUAUUUUAUACACUGCAAUGUGUAGCAAUGUUAUUCACGACAUUUAUAUUCAUGGUCUGUUUUGUGCAGUUUUUAAGGACUAGGAUAUGACUUGGACGUUUUAGCCAAUCCUGGUUGUUACGUUAGUUUCCAUUAGGCGCUCAGAGUACAGCGAGUGUUUAUGGGAUAUUUACCGUGCGUUUUAUAGUCACAUCCAGUCCACUUGGAUGGAGGGUUAGGUGGGUGGCAGGUUUUUGUUUUAAUGCUUUGUCUGGCUAAAGUUUCCAGUAUAUAUUUUUUAAAUCAAAUAAAAAUAAGACUAAAUUGGUGCAGGCCUACCUGUACUUUGGCCAGAGUUUCAUAGGUUUGCUUAAGGGAUUACCAUGUGUCCAGCCCUUCCAAGUCAGAAUUGAAUUGUUUAUUAUUUAAACAAAAACUAAUGCCGGUCUCUGUGUACACCUAUAUUGUAGAGCAAAAUGUAUAUUCUGUAUCAUCCUUUUUAUGUAUUUAUUUUUUGGUAUGUAUGUUCAUAUAGAUGGUAUAUUUCUCUGGCACCUUGACCAUGUAUAAUGGAUAAACGCAGUCCUUUUAAAGUGAAACUGUCACUACUGAAAUAUAUGCCUCUAUGGCCCAAUAGUCCAUUAAAUAUUGGCCAUCGGUAGGGCUUUUAUUUUUUAAUUUAGUUUAAACAUUCUACAUUAAUGGUUUCAUAGUGUUUACUAUGGAAAUGAAUAAACCAUAAGGUAUAAAAGGUGGACACUCAUAGUAAUAUAUAUAUUGUCCCUUAUUGGCUGCCUAGCCUGUCUCAAGUGAUUUGGCACACUCACAUUUCCUGACAAUAAAAUAAUCUACAUAAACUAGUUCCCCGUUAGGACAGGCUAACCAAAAUGGGAUUUUGAUCUAAUCUGUUAAAUGUUUUAAUUAAAUUUUUAAAUAGUUUUGAUUUCCAUCACUUCUAUCUGUCUACUUGCAGCUGUCCAGAAUAUUUCUUCUCUACAAUGCGGCACCGGGCAGCCGAUGCAGACCGCCAUUGGACAGAUGUUCCAGAGCAUCCCAGGGCAGCCGCUGCAAAACGUCACAACCCAGUCACUGCAGAACAUCAACACUCAACCAGUACAAAGUAUUGUAACGCAUGCUCAAACAGCGCAGAGAGUGUCGACACCUUCAACUCCGCAGAUCCAGCAGCCCCUCACCCUACAUACACAAAGUAUAUCUCCCCAGCAGUUCCUGACCACUACGAGUGCAACUGUGAGUCCGCAUAUCCAACAGGUCCCCGUAAGUACAAACCCAAUAAAUCUGCCAUGUCUGUUCUCCUUUCUGGGUACUGACAGCGGAUAAUCUGAAUUGCCUUUCCUCCUGUUAAGGUUCUAAUCCAACCUCACUUCAUCAAGGCGGACUCGUUGCUGCUCACGGCCGUCAAGGCCGACGGUUCAGUAAUGCCUACCAUAAAGACAUCUGGAAUGACUUCUCUUACAACAAAUACCACCAUGCAGACAGCAGUAAGUGGCAAAGAAAAUGCAUUCGAUGUGCCCAUUUUAAUGUAGGAAAUGAAAUGUAGUCUGAGCAGGAACCAGAGUCCAGUAUAUAUAAAUGCAAACAGGCUUAUUUUAAAUUAUUUACUCAAUUUCUGUGUAUAGGAGCAGAUUAAAAUGACCGUUCUUAGAUCCCUCUUUUGUCCCCUUUUCUGUGGCUAUUGCCAAUUGUCAUAAAAAGAAAAUCCCUUGUUAUUCAUUUAAAGUGACUCUUUCACCAGAAUUGUCCUUUGCACUCUUAAACAGCACUUUAAAAACGUCAGGUGUAGACUUAAUCUAAAAGGGUUCUCUGUGUAGCAAGAUGGAUGCCUCCAUUAAUCCUACAUGCAAAACAAAAUACCUGCUCAAGGAAUAAUUACAGAUAAAGUUGCUAUAACUUCUUUUAAAUCUGAUUCAUGAAAGAAAAAUCCAUUGUAAGUUUUUGCUGCAGGUUUUACACUGGAUAUAUGUGCACUCCAAUAAAAGUCAGUUUCCCUCUCCAAAGUCCAGAAAUGUAGUAUUUCAAACACUGGUACCUUUGGUAUUUUUUUAUUUUUUUAUUUUGCUGCUCAUAUCUCUCCCAUCAAUUUGCAUCUAGCUGUCUAGUUUUCUACCAUCGUCUGUGAUCUGGUUUCAGGCUCUUGUCAGUGGGGGCACUAUAUUGACCACCAUGCCACUGAUGGUGGAUCCCGAUAAAUUGCCCAUCAACCGUCUCACAGCCAGUGGCAAGAUGGCGAUGGUGAAUGGCAAGGGGGAGAAGCGGACAGCCCACAACGCCAUAGAGAAACGCUACCGGUCAUCGAUAAAUGACAAGAUUAUAGAACUCAAGGACCUGGUGAUGGGAACUGAGGCAAAGGUAAUUUCAUAACUGGAGAAAAGUGUGUGUGUCAGUGUCAGUCAACCGUGGGCAACUGUCCUGCUCAGCCAGAGUCAGUUUAGAUGAGUUUUAUGGAAGUAGUAGUGAAAGAUCCAAGGUAGCUUAGUACUGUCCUAAAGAUAGCAAGCAGUGUUAAUUUAUUGCAUAGUUGUACCUCUUUUAUUUUCCUCUCUUGCAAAAAGAAAAUAAAGGGGGGGGGGGGGCCCUCUAAGCAUAGAAAGAUACAGCCUGUUAUAGUGGUUGUGGUGCUAGCAGGCUAUGGGCGCUGUUUGGUUUGAGACAAAAAAUGAAGGGGUCUGGUAGGAACUCCUGCCACAUCUCUUCGCUUGGUGUAGUACUAAUGUGGAAUGAACACUUCUGCAGUAACAUUUUCCGUGUGUUUUGUGCUUAACCUCCUUUUAUUUUAUUUAUUUAUUUUUUUCUCCUAUUUGUCUCCCCAGUUGAACAAAUCUGCCAUUUUGAAGAAGGCCAUUGACUAUAUUCGCUUCUUGCAGCAGAACAACGUGAAACUAAAGCAAGAAAACCUAUUGCUCAAAAUGGCCGCCCAGAAGAAUAGUAAGACUUCCUGUUUGCUCGUUCCCUCUUCCUGUUUACACGAUAGUGACCUAUUUUAUGGCUGUCACCAUAUUGACUUUUGAGAAGUUUUUUUUUUUUGAAUUUCUAAGCCAGAGUGUGAGGAAGUGCUGAGCACGGCAUCCAUAGCUCCUCUCCAAGCAGAUGUGGUAUCUCCUCACCCUGUUCUUCAUAUAAUACAUUUCUAAGUGAAAUUUGUCAGGGUUGUUCACUAGAUUGUUGGGAAUUUUAACGUUUAGUCCAAACUGAAAACUGACUGGGAGAAUUUUCCAAAAUCUGUGAUUUGGGUCUAAAACCUGGAAAUCACUUUGAAAACCAUUACAGUUUAAUGAGACCAACACUUUAAACAGACAUUGCCCAGACACAACAGUAACUCUUACCCCUUCAGUUAAUUGUGCUUUGCUUUGUUUUUAUUUUAUGUUCUUGCCUCUAUUUUUAAAGUAUUGGCUUUUGUUUUUUUCCCUGUUCCUUUUUCCCCUUAGGUUCUUUGAAAGACCUUGUGGCUGGAAGCACCAUUGUCAUGGAUGGGGUAAAUGCAGACACAAUGGAUGUUCUCACCCCACCACCAUCUGAUGUGGGCUCCCCGUCACACAGCGGCAGUCCAAUCUCACAGUGUAACAGUGACUCGGAGCCAGACAGCCCCUUCUGCGAGGAAGCCAAGGUAAGCCGCAUUGUAUUGCAAACAGUCCCUGAUGCACAUUGCACACAGUAAGCGUGUUCUGCUACAUCUCUGCAUUUCCUAAUUUUCCUCAAAUUCCGCUUCACUUCUCUGGUGCACUACUUAAACUUGCAAUUUAUCCCACACUAUGAUGCUUUCUGCACCUUAUUGCACUCUCCACUAGUCUUUGUCCUUGUACUUUUUUUUGCACCCACCUCAACUCCCCUCUGUGCGUGCGCUACCUUACACUGCUGCUCCCCCCUCUCUGUUCGUGCGCUACCUCACACUGCUGCUCCCCCCCCGUGCGUGCACUAGCUCACACUGUGCGCGCGCUACCUCACACUUUUGCUCCCCCCUCUCUGUGCGCGUGCUACCUCACACUGCUGCUCCCCCUCUCUGUCCGCUUUGCAAAUCUGUUCUUUGCCUUUUUCUGCAAUUUCUCACAUACUCCUCCUCCUCCUCCCCAUGCACCUUACUGCACACACUACUCCUCUCUCUACACAAAUACUACUUUGCCUCAUUCACACUAUUUUUCGUUCUGUGACUGUUCCAGGUCCAAGUUAAGCAGGAGCUCCCGUCUCCUCAAAGUACUGGCAUGCUGGACCGCUCCCGUAUGGCUCUAUGUGCAUUUGUCUUUCUCUGUCUCUCCUUCAAUCCCCUGUCAUUCCUCAUGGGAGGCUCCAGGGGCCCCGAAAUGGCAGAAAGCUCGUCAUUCCAUGGCAGUGGCCGGAGCAUGCUGGGAACGGGAUAUCCAGGUGUGUGUAGAUCUAAACAAAGUUACUGAUAAAAUUACCAUUUCCACAUCAUUAAAAUAACUCUAUUGGGAGUUGGAGAUCUAAACCUUAAACUCUUGCUCAUCUCCUGGAGAUGCAGCCCGCCGUUAAUAAAUGUGAAUUAAAAUUUUAUUUAUUUAUUUAUUUUUUUUAAACCCACUUUUUUGUUUUCCUCCAUUUGCUUCAAUCUCUAUAAAUACCUGCUCCAUCCUAAUUCCGAAUUAAUAGUUUUUCAUUUUACCAACUAUUUUCUGGUCAUAACUUCGCAGCCAUGUAUGUUAGGAAAGUGCGAUCUAUGGUUUAAUGUGGUUUAUUUAACCUCUUGGUGUUCCCGUUGCUCCAUAGAGCCUUCAUUCUGGUCUAGUUGGUUGGUUCCAUCAACACUCCUCUGGCCCAUUAAUUUUGCCAUCGUUCUUGGGGUCUUCAUUCGGCUUUUUAUCUAUGGUGAGCCGGUAACCCGUCUUCACUCUGAGUCCUCUGUCCUCUUCUGGCGCCAUCGGAAACAAGCAGAUGUGGAUCUCUCGCGGGUAAGCAGUACUCCAUAUUGGUCCUUGUACAAAACGAUGGCAUCCCCAAAUUGGUUAAAUCUGGGUGUGACUGUUGAAUGUCUUCGCAUUCCUAGGGAUUCCGAGCACCUGUUACAAAAUUCCAAAAGCGGAGAAUUUAGAAGGAAUUUGUUUCUAUAGCUUUUACAUAAUCCCUAUAGUGACUGCUUAUCAAUAUAGACUACCAUUAAUAAAUAUAAAAUCAUAUUACAUAUGAGUCAUACUUUAAAAAAAAACAAAAAAAUUUUUUAUUAAGUCCCAGGGUCCAAAAUAGUCUCCUUCUCCCCUCUGUCUUUCUUUGAUCCUUUGGGGGUAAAUGGUCCUUUCUUUUCAGGGGGACUUUGCCCAAGCCUCCUUGCACCUUUGGACAGCUCUGAAAGCUUUAGGGAGACCCCUUCCUACUUCAAACUUUGAUCUAAGCUGCAGCCUGAUGUGGAGCUUGAUCCGAUAUGUGCUUCAGCGCCUUUGGGUAGGACGCUGGCUGGCAGAACGUGCUGGGGGUUUCCGUAGGGACCACCAGCUGAAGGAUGAUGUUCGAAAGAGCUGCAGAGAAGCUGCUCUUGUUUACCAUCGUCUUCACCAGCUGCAUAUGACCGGUAUGUUGUGUGAUCUACAUGUGCUGAUGGGUGUCACGUUUCACCAGCUGGGCAGUAUUUCCCAUGCUCCCAUGUAGGCUAGUGGCUGAUGGAUGAUAAUGGGAGUUGUAGUCCUUGCAAAGCUGGAUAAAUCACUGUCAUAUUAUGUCCCCAGGGAAGCAUGCUGGAGGCCACCUGGCUGCGAUAAAUAUGGCUCUGAGUGCUGUGAAUUUGGCGGACUGCGCAGGAAAUACCAUUUCCGUGGCAACUCUUGCAGAGAUCUAUGUCGGGGCUGCUCUGAGAGUGAAGGCUAGUCUCCACCGCCGCUUCCACUUCCUGGCGGUAAGUAGUGAGGGCCGAGCUGCCAACUUCACACUGCGGAAUAGAUCAUGCUCAAGGGAUGAAACUUUGUUCUCCAUUGUUUUUGUGUUGUAGAAUUUAGAAAUAAUUACUACCUAAAAUUACAGAAUUGAGGAUUGUCCCACAAAUGCAUCUGAAUGCUUCUUUCUCUUGCAGCGUUUCUUCCUGUGCAGUGCCCGCCAGGUGUGCUUGGCACAAAGUGUCACUAUACCUCCUGCCAUGCAGUGGCUGUGCCACCCUCUGGGACAUCGCUUUUUUGUUGACGGAGACUGGAGUGUGAGAAACUCACCCAGAGACACAAUUUACAGCACAGCAGGAAGCACAGGUACAUUAAAAAAUGCAAUCAUAUGCCUGGCACGGCUAUUAUCCUCUGCCCUCAUAUGCCUGGCACGGCUAUUAUCCUCUGCCCUCAUAGGCAUGGCACGGCUAUUAUCCUCUGCCCUCAUAGGUAUGGCACGGCUAUUAUCCUCUGCCCUCAUAGGUAUGGCACAGGUACUGUCCUCUGUUAUCCUAGACUUGGCACGGCUACUGUCCUCUCUCCUCACAGGCCUGGCACGGCUGCUAUCCUCUACUAUCCUAAACCUGGCACAGUUGUUAUCCUCUGCCCUCACAGGCUUGGCACGGCUACUGUCCUCUGCCCUCACAGGCUUGGCACGGCUACUGUCCUCUGCCCUCACAGGCUUGGCACGGCUACUGUUCUCUGCCCUCACAGGCUUGGCACGGCUACUGUUCUCUGCCCUCACAGGCUUGGCACAGCUACGACCCUCUACUAUCCUAAACCUGGCACGGCUGCUGUCCUCUACUCUGACAGGCCUGGCACGGCUGCUGUCCUCUGCCCUCACGGACUUGGCACGGCUGCUGUCCUGUGCCCUCACGGACUUGGCACGGCUGCUGUCCUGUGCCCUCACGGACUUGGCACGGCUGCUGUCCUGUGCCCUCACAGACCUGGCACGGCUGCUGUCCUGUGCCCUCGUGGACCUGGCACGGCUUCUAUCCUCUGCCCUCACGCACCUGGCACGGCUACGACCCUCUACUAUCCUAAACCUGACACGGCUGCUGUCCUCUGCCCUCACAGACUUGGCACGGCUGCUGUCCUCUGCCCUCACAGACUUGGCACGGCUGCUGUCCUCUGCCCUCACGGACUUGGCACGGCUGCUGUCCUCUGCCCUCACGGACUUGGCACGGCUGCUGUCCUCUGCCCUCACGGACUUGGCACGGCUGCUAUCCUCUGCCCUCACGGACCUGGCACGGCUUCUAUCCUCUGCCCUCACGCACCUGGCACGGCUACGACCCUCUACUAUCCUAAACCUGGCACGGCUGCUAUCCUCUGUCCUCACGGGCCUGGCCCGGCUUCUGUCCUCUGUCCUCACGGACCUGGCCCGGCUUCUGUCCUCUGUCCUCACAGGCCUGGCACGGCUGCUAUCCUCUGUCCUCACGGACCUGGCACGGCUUCUGUCCUCUGUCCUCGCGGGCCUGGCACGGCUGCUGUCCUCUGUCCUCACGGGCCUGGCACGGCUUCUGUCCUCUGUCCUCACGGGCCUGGCACGGCCAUCUUCAAAACAAAAAGUCAGAAAGGACACCGCAUAAGUAACAUGCCCUAAAUGGCAGAAUAGACACAACAGGAGUACUAUCCAUUUAAAUUCUUAUACACACUGUACAGAUACUGUGCCCUAGUUACCUAAGUAGACAUUGCACUGGUACCUGCACUAACUGUAGAACUUGUCAUGCUUUGUACAUAUAUAUACCACAGUGUGCUUUGAUGUCCUCCAAUUUACAUUUCCCCUGGAUCCGACUCAGAAUUUUGGGAUGUGUUUAUAGGUCCAUGUUGUAAAUGCGUGGACCUACCUGUUACAGCUCACCCCAUGCUUUCAGCAGCCAAUUCUAGUCUGUGUAUUAAUACAAUGUGUAAGUGAGAAACAUGUCUUGUUACACGCCUGACUCUGUUUUUCUGGGGCAGUGGAUCCGUUGGCGCAGGUCACACAGGCAUUUCGUGAACACCUGUUAGAGAAAGCAUUGUACUGCGUGGCUGAGCCAGAGCAGAGCAAACCCCUGGCGGAGGGAGAACGGUAAGUUCUUAUCUUACGAUUUGUUUACUUUUAGUUUUUUCUUUGCCCUGUUUUUUAUUCAAUGUACUCCUCCGUUCAUUGUCUAAUCUGGCAAUCCAUCAUGCAGGUUGUGGUUUUUCACAGUUUCUCAGCACUGUCAGCGUUAUUUACUAUGUGAAAUCCAAAUACUUUUCUCUGCUUCAUACUUUUUUAUUUAUUUAUUUUUCCUUUGUCUACUCUGCACUUUUUUUACACUUUACACAUGUCUUUCUGUAAUGGACUUUCAUCUUCAUUGUUAUGUUUUUAAUUUUUUUUUUUUUUUCUCUUCUCAAAACCGUGAUAGCCUGCUACACAGGGGCAAAAUAGUAGAGUUGGAUGCAAUCUACUCUUUUGACGUUUUGUCCUGGCUGUCUCACCUUUGUGACUUUCCUUUCCUCCAACUUCCUUGCCCUCUGCACUCACUAUCUCACAUGUAAUCUCUCCUGUCACUCGCCUCCGGGUUGUUUAUCCAGUCUCACAUCAGUUUUGUCUCUCCUGAUGCUUGCCUCUGGGUUUCUCACCUCCGUGAUAUCCCUCCUUUCUCUGCAGAGAGUUCUCGGACGCCCUGGAGUAUUUGCAGUUGUUAAAUGGGUGCUCCGAUGCAGCCGGUGUUCCCAACCAUACGUUUUCCAUCAGCUCCACUAUGACGACCUUCACAGGUAAGUGCCCUCAGCCCUUUAAACAUUGUCAUAUCAGUCAGGUAUAUUCCUUAACUCCUUGCAUGCUAUACCUCCCAUCUGUCUGACAGAGUAUUUUGCAGGUGCAUUGUGUGUAUUUUCUAUGUGUUACGUUGUGCCUAGACGUGAAGAGAUUUGAAAUGUAUGUUUUAGUAUUCUUUAGAAAGCACCAACAGAUUCCACAGCGCUGUAGAUUGUUUUAUGGUUUGUGAACACUUCUGCGCAGGAACUGAUCCAGUGGCAAAGUGGUGGGCGUCCGUCAUCAUUGUGGCUAUUAACUGGCUUCAAGGAGACGACGAGGGCGCACAGAGAUUGUACCCAGUAGUUGAAUACAUGCCGAAAGCCCUUCAUAUGCAAGAGUAAGUGCUAUAGAACAAGAUCCUUUUGUAAAGUCCUCUCUGAUCCCCUCUAAUCUACUUGCCAUGUUUCCUUCAGAAAGGAAGCCUCACCUCUGUGUUUCUAAGAUAACAAGUUGAUUAAAGAAUUGUUUACAGUACACAGCCAUCUUUUUGACAAACUGUCUGUAAAAAUCCAAUAUCUAUUUGACUUUCCUGUUCUAACUCGUUUGUUGCUGACCCUAGAUGAUUGGGAAUAUAAUUUUAUCUUUUAAUGCUUGCUCAGAGUCAUGGUAAAUGUAGAUUCAAAACUCUGAUGUUACCGGUGCUAACCUUCAUUGCCUAUAUGCAAUUUAUAGUUCCAACGGGUCUCAAAAAACCUUUUAGUAGAUCUAAUGUCAUAUAUUGUGUUUUUGUUGUAUAAACCUUUUCCUCAUACUCCCAUCACUCCUUAGGAAUCCUUUGCCGAAAGCUGCACUUUAUGCCUUCAAAGCUGUACGGACGUUGUUGGGAAAGCAGGACAGCAGCCAGGUUAGCCUGGGCCAAUGUGAGAAAGCCAGUGGCUACCUCCGGGAGAGCCUAAAUUCAAGUCCUUCCAGCAGUGGCACCAUAGAUAAGGUGAGUUAAAAGUUGGAAACUCGUGGAAUCUUUGGUUAGAGGUUGGGGAUUUGUAGAAUCUUGGGUUGGUGGUGGCUAGUCUCUGGAAUUUCUGGUUGUGGGUCCAUGGAUUAUCUGGUUAGUUAACUCGUCCACUGAGCUGGAUUGCUGGCUCAUGGUUUUUGGAAUCUUAUGGUUAAUGGUGGUGGUCCACGUGAUCUCUUUACAGAGGAGAUGGAAUAAUGAAUUCCCUGGUUAAUGGUGGGAGAUGGACAUCUGGUUGCUGAUGAGUGGUUCAUAGAAUUAUUGGUGGUAUCACCUGUGGAGUUCAAUUUGUGCUGUAUACUCUGUUAUCUUGCCGAGGGAUCUUCCUGACAACGAGACCCAAGGCCAUUGUGGCUGUAGUGCAUUGUAGUUGCAUUGCAUGUUACAUCCCCUAUGUGCAAUGUGACUGCAGUGCAAUACAGAGGCAGUGCCAUAUCUGCAGACCGAAGAUACCAUCCAACUUCUUAACCUUUAUAGCUGUGCAAGCCCUAACCUAGUGGGCAUCUCAAAUGUGCAUUCUCCCGUUCAGCGUAAGUUUUUAUGGGUAUCCAUUGUUUCACGCCUUAGACCAAUAAUGUAUUUGUGGAUAAAUGCCCAAUCCAAAUCCAUUUCACGCAAAGAACACAAUGGUAUGUCUAAGCAUUUGAUUUGGUCUAGACUAGUGUUUCCCAAACCAGGCCUCAUGGCCCACCAACAAUCCAGGAUUAAGUAUUUACCUUUUUUAUUCCAAUGGAGACACUGAUAAAGCCUGGUGGACUGUUGGUGGGUCAUGCGGACUGGUUUGGGAAACACUGGUCUAGGGUACAAAAGUGGUAGCUGUUUCGUCAUUGGUGGUUGAUAAUCAGAAUCUCUAGUUAGUGGUGGUUGAUGCAUGGAAUCUGCUAUUAGUGUUAGGAGAUGGUUACUUAUCUUUCCAAAAAACUGAGAAACCAGCAACUCACCCAAUGAUUGAUUUUACUUGUUUACCAUUCUUCUCUUUGACCUUCUGUCUUUCCUGUUUCCCUCUUGUCCUACAUAAGUCAUUGUUGUAUUAGUUGGCCAUCUGAAGUCUUCAUUUUCCUACCUUGUGUAUUCUUUUAACCUUAUGAUUAUCAGUCUUACACUUGGCAUAUGACGACUUCUGAGCACCAACACUUUUCGGUAAUACUUUGCCGCUAUCAAUGCCUCUUUCUCCCAUGAGCCAGUUGUAGGAUGUGGUUGAUGGUUUGAUGGGGGGAGGGGGGAGGUGAUUGUAUUUUCUUUGUAAUGAUGGAUCCAAAUGGAAUGUUAUCUGCCUGCAUUGUCCGUAUUAAUUCUUGACCCAACACUUGACUGACCAUUCUGAUAUACCUUAUCAGUUUUGUUUAAUUUUUUUUUUUCCAUUUGCAUGUUCUCGUUUAAUCAUGCCUCUCUACCUCUCUUUUCUUCCAACCCCCCUCCCCCCUUCCCUUUCAGGCAGUGCAGCUUCUCAUAUGUGACAUCUUGCUAGUAACCAGGACCAAUAUCUGGCAACAGCAGCAACAGCAAAGCAGCCCAGCACAACAGUCCAGUGGCGUACAUCCGGCAUCCCCCCACGAGCUCCGGGGAUUCCAGCUAGACCUGAGCAGUAUGCGCCGACUGGCCCAGUUAUUUCGCCCAGCCAUGCGUAGGGUGAGUGGAAUGUGAUGACUUGUCAUGAUGACAGCAGGGACACUUAACGGGGGCAGACAUCUUGCAGAGAAAAGUGGUUUGGUAACUGUGAACAUUCAGGUAAAGGAAAUUCACUUUCGUAGCGUUGUGUUGGUUUGCAGAUUCUGCCGUGAUCUUUCCGAAUUCCUGUUUGUGGGAGUUACAUUUCAUUUUUUUCCUGCUAAUGGCAGGAAUGAAGCCAGUUGUGUCCUUCUCCUAUGAAGCCCUGCCGUGUAGCCUCGAUAUUAAUGACAUCAUGUUUUUAAAAAACAAACAUUCUAACCCUGCAGGCUAGGAGGGAGUUAUACAACAGAUUAAGUCGCCUGAUAUUUGUGCCUUUCAUGCCCAUGUAAAGUAAACCUUUAUACCUCAAAAUUAAUUUAGUUUUUUAAAUCAUAAUUGCUAAGAGAAAUGCAUUUUUAGUAAAAUUUGCAUAAUUAUUUCCUAAACCCUAAAACCUCUAGCUGUAGCCGUGGCUUGUGCAGCGAAUAAAGAUCCGUCCUGUUAUUUCUUUAUUUUUUCCCUGAGCAUAAAGUGCUGUUGAGUAUCACAUUUUAUGACCAUUAAAAUGGUGCCUUGCUAUGUUAAGCUAUUGUAGCCUAAAAUCCUUAUCUGGCUCAACCAACUACUGGAUAUAGUUAACUGGAGUUACAUUCCACAUAAGCAAAUGUGUUUUGGCCAAGGGUUGCUUAACCAUCACAACAGACCUAUAUUGCAGCUCCCACUAGUCUGAACCAGAAUCUCGCUUAGCAUUUUAGGAGUUGUAGUCUGGCACAGACCACAUCUUCCUUGGCUGCAUAAAUCUGUCGAUGCUGUCAACUUUGGGAUUUGGCCACAUUUGUUGGCAUUCUUUUUAUGGGGAUGCAGAUUCCUGCAGGCUGAUUGACAGCCCAAGGAGGCGGACCUCCAUAGAGGAAAACAUUUUUUUCUCUGGAAUAAAAAGAGGCUGCACAGACUGGGUCCACUUUAAUAAACCACUUUAUUAUAAGCAGGAUUUCCAAAGCUAUUAUAGUACCAGUAAUGAUAUAAAUAAAGUUGUCUAUCACGACACAUGUUUCGACUUGACACACGCAUGAAAAAAAAAGUAAAUGAGGCCAGAUAAUGUUGAACGAUUAUAAUAGUUCAUGUUCUACGGUUUUAUCUUAUUACGACGUAAUGUCUGAAAAUGUCAAACUUGUAAACUUUCCUCAAUAAAACAGAUUGACAAAAAAAAAUACAGGUUUGUCCAGGUAUUGAUGGCUGCUCUGGAAGGAUUAUUCAGGUCUGGAAGGAAGUACGCUUAUGUGGCCAACUCAAGUUACUUGACAAACUCCACAUAUUCUAGGCAUUCUAGGAGUAUUGUUUAAUGGGUUACUCCAAGCACUGUGACUUGAAGUGGUCAUGGUGCAGGAGUUGGAAUGUGCAGGGUUUUGCUGCGAAACGUUGCAUAUACCAUGCUUAACCCGUUGGCUGCAGGAGGUGUGUAUCCACCUGUCAUCAGGCAGCUUAGAACCAGAGUUCUGGCCUGGUUACUGUCAAUUCUGUGCAAUUCUAAUUUUGUGGUCAGUGAGUCACCAAGGAAGAGGGGAGUAUGUGAGCCUAACUGGGACCCUGGUAAGAGGGUCAAACAUUACUAAACUGUUCGAUUCCAUUACCAGGUAUACAUCCUGGGUGCUCCUGGCAUUACAAGCAAUACUGCAGGCUCUAUGGGUUAUGAUUAUUGGCGUUAUCUUUUCACUAUGGAAAUCUGCUUUUACUGGUUUCCUCUUUUGCUUGUCUUUAACUAUUUCAUUUGAUUACACAGGUAUUCCUGCACGAAGCCACAGCUCGCCUUAUGGCUGGAGCAAGCCCUACACGUACACACCAACUGCUGGACCGAAGCCUGCGCAGGAGAGUGGCGCCAUCUAGCAAAGAAGGUGAGAGAUGCGCUUGGCACCCAUUGAUUGAUCUGUUCACUGCCACUAUCGUAUUAAACUGUCCUGUGGAAUUCUGAUUGACAGAUCUAAAGACAUCUCCUUUAACCAAGAUUCUAUUAUUUUCCAGGAAGGGCCAAUGCUUGCUAGCCAAAACUUUUUACCCAUAACCUCAUGUUGCCAGCUACUGUGCACACUACCAAAUAUAUAUCUCUAUCUCUCUCGUUUCUAUUCUUCCCAAAUAGUUUGUAGUUUUAAAAGCAAAAUAUAGCAGCAUAGAAAGGCGCUUCACCUCCCAAUCACCAUUCAUUAUUGCCAAUGUAUGGGAUAAAACGCUGGUCUAAGACAAAGUAUCCCUACAUUGCUUUCUAGACCGCUUUUAAAGAAAAACAGAAGUUUUCUUACUUUUUUGGGGGGAAUGAAUAUUGGAUCAUAUCUUUGUUUAAGAUAAUAGCCCAUAUUUUAGUUACCUUACUUUUGAACAGCCAAGUUUAUUAGAUGACUCGCAUUAUACUGAAGCUACUUCUCUUUCAUUCACAGAUAUGGUACGGUUGGUCAGCUGCAGCGUGACCCUCCCGACCCUCCCCUGUCAGUAACCUUCGAACUUUGACCCUUCUUAAAGGGGACACUUGCUUCUGGCAGCAGUGUUUUUAUUCCCUUGUUGCACCCAAUCUCAGAGCCAUCAGGCCCCAUCUACGGACUUUUAGAAGCGGAGAGGAGACUGUUCAACGCAGGACUGUCGUGGGGUUCGGGGGCGGGAGAAUGGGCAACAAGGGACUCUUAGCACCACAGGGGAAUGACUUGCCCUUGACUUUAAUACCGAAUGUGUUGGCUAUAGUGUACUGUAGCAUCUGCAGAUAUAUUGUGGUUUACCAUCAAUUCUCAACCCCAAUCAAUGCUGUAUUCUCUGUCCUGGCUGAGACCUAGUCUUGAACGAAGUAAUGCUUUGAGAAAUAUUUAAACUCCAGCUUUUGGAGACGUUUGCCGGUUGUUUUCCUUCUUUUUACUCCUUUUUUAUAUAGUAUAAUAUAUAUUUUUCUUCUUGGAAAAAAUACAAUAAUUUUAUCAGUAAUCGCUGUACGGCUCUUCCAUCUACACAAACCAGCUGUUCCCACAUUGGGAAAAAAUGUAGUCCAUGUUAUGCGUUAAACGUACUAUAUUUGAACCUUCUUUAUAGUAUCUUCAUGAACCUGACUAACAGAUGUUAUCCAUUUCUUCUGUUAAAGUUGCCAAAUUUAGUCAUUAUUUAGCGUUACACCUGGGUCUGCCAUUCUGCCAAUGACAUGUUGCUUGUCAAGUGAUUUGGAAAGUUCUUAAAAUGGCAAGCCAGACAAAUAGCCCAAGUCUGGCAUGCAAUCGUUCUGCACCAGUUUGUCAUUUAUAGGCUGGCAAAGGAACAGUCUGGAGGCAUUGUAAUUUAAGCCAAGAUCUAACAUGUAAACCAUGGCAAUCCAGCUCCAGUCCUUACACUUCCUAGACAUGGUUUUCUGGUUAAUUGGCUUAGUGAAAUAUGUAAAUAACUUAUAUUUUAAUUGAAUAUAUCUCUAAUUUCAGUUCUGACACUGGUGUGCUAGGACUGAAUGUUACCCUUCAAAUCAUUUAAUGCUGCCUCGUAAAGCUGCUGCACUCUGGUCACCCCUGGUUUAUCAUCAUUUCUCCAAAACAGACAUUUUUAAAGGGACAGUCUGUGCCAUAAUAACAUUUUUGUUUAAAAAAAAAAAAAAAAAAUAAUUUUUUUUUCUCUGUUUUUAGUUAAAGUAAAUAUUAGUGGUUUGAUCAUCUGAAAGUUUUAUUUACAUCUUCUAACAAUUUAAAAAGGUCCUCGUCUUCAGUGUAGGCGUUUGCUGUUCAUUUAAUAUAUAAAUAUAUCGUACCUACCUGUAACAAGCUUAGAGCCUCAGUCUGGCAGUAUUGAUAGCCGGUACGUGCAGCGGUGUCCUACUGCAGCAAAACCUUGACGUUUUAGUGAUCCAAGUGGGUACUGCAGCUUUUUGUGAACUAUACUUUCUUCAUGACCCUCAGCGAGCAUUGUGGGAGAUUUCAUAGAAGCUAGGAGCACCCCACCAUUGGUACCUGAAUGCGGCACAUCAAGCUCCAUAAUAUGUCAUCUAUAUUGUGGCUUAUGUAGUGAACGCUUUUAAGAUGUACAAAUGUAAGCAGCAGGCUUUUACCAAGUCAGAGAUUUCUAUUUCUGAGAGAAGCGCAGUUUUGUUCAUUUGUGCCAUAUUGGUUCAGUCACGCUUGGCUUGCAAUGUUUCGUAUACCAGGACUAGACACGAGACCCCUGUCUGCUGCUGUACCAAACUCCCAUGAUCAUUCACUAGCCGUCUUGCCCAGGUUUCUGGGAGUUUAUUCAUUAACCUCAGAAUCGACACCGCAAUCACAAAUUGUAGAUCAAAAUACCUUCAAAACCACCUCUUUUCUAAUUUGACUGUUCCCUCGUCUAUUCUCCACAAUUAUAAAUUUAAUGAAUCCUAUCUUUUUCCAGUAAACCUGAUGUAUAUUAAUAAUGUUCUGGUUUUAGCUCACGGAGUGCUAGAGGCAAAAAAUUUUAACAUGUCUUUGAGGCACAUUGCACUUGCUAAGUUUAAUAAGCAUUUUCAAAGUCUGUUUAAGCUGUUCUUGGUACCGACUAGUUAUUUGGAAGCCUCUCUCUGUUCCCAGCAGGCACCCGAGAGAUGAGCCCCACAGCCCGGGAGCAUGCAGAGGCCUUGCUUUUGGCAUGCAGGUACCUCCCUCCUUCAUUCUUAUCUGCCCCGGGGCAAAGGGUGGGCAUGUUGGCUGAAGCUGCCCGCACCUUGGAGAAGCUUGGGGAUAAACGCACCCUUCAGGACUGCCAACAAUUCAUCCUGGCUUUGGGCAGCGGGACCACUGUAACGUCCAGCUAGAGGGACCAGCUCAUAGGCCCUAAAUCAAAACCUUGGCCGAGUCAAGAAGUAAAUGAAAAUGGCUACAUAGCAGAGUCCAUAGCCUGCGAGAGAUGGUCCCACUUUUUGGGAAUGAACAUUGGACAAAGUAAAGACUGCAAGAAGCUUGCUGCUAAUCCAAAGAGCAGACUAUAUUGGCAUAUUCCACGGUGGUUAAUAAAAGCACAUUGUACUUCAAGGCGGGGAAGGGGUUUUGUACCAUCUUCUAAAACAUUAAUCUGGUUCCAGGGCUGCAUUGUAAUGGUUAUUCACAGGAACUGCACUAUUCUGGCAUUGGGCCGGGUAACAUUAUAUUAAUGGAUUCUACAAGUCUAGAAUACCCACACCUUGCCAUCUCCAUAAACUACACAUGAUUUUCUAAUGUGGGACAGCCGUGCUACGGAUGCAUUUGACCCUGCUUGUCUAUAUGAGGAUCAUGCUGUAAAUGCAGUCAGGGCGUUCAACCAAUGAGGGGGUAAUGUAAAUUUUUAUAAACUGACUUAAAAAAACAAACAAACCCCAUAACACUUUAUACAUUUACCAAAACACUGCUCUUGGUAAUCCCACUAUGAGGUGUAAUAGACACACUUUCAUAGAUGCUAUAAGUAGCGGUUCAAUGACUCCUACUGGCUGUUUAGAUAUGUAUUUUAUUUUUUCCCGAUUCUUUGCAGUGUUACAAUGUAUUUGUUCUUUGGAACCCAGGAGGAGGAUCUUACCUUUUGAAUAGACUUUUUGACUGUAACCACAUUAUCCAACAAUGUGGAAUUAAUAGGCAUUCUACAACCCCCUCAUCUGUCUGUAAGAGCACAAGGCUUACAAUCUAAUUACAAAUAGUAAUGAGUUGUAUAUCCAUUGUAAUUAAAUUGUCACCAUAGAAACCGUUUCAACAUGAGUAAGGUGCGUUCCUUGCUGUAACAUGAGGUUUGGCAUCGCGUCCUUCCAGAUCACCAUUAGAGCAUGGGGGGUACCCAAAAGGAGGAUGUUGUAAACCUACACCUCCCAUGAUGCUUUGCAUGCAUUUAGAAUAACAAUGCAUGAUGGAAGCUGUAGUUUAAAAAAAAUCUGGGUAAAUACAUUUUGGGCACCCUUCCCCUGGAGGAUAAAACACGACCAGAAGUAAAUUGAGAUCGAGGGUUUUUCCGUGUAAUUACUGCGGGCUUCCUGCCAUUGUGGAUGGUUUUUAUUAAUUCUGUUUGCAUACUUUUAUUUUUCUUAGAGCAAAAAAAGUUUUUGUACAGACUGUUUAUGAAGAGAUAUUUAUAAUUUUCUUUUGUAAAAGAAACACAAAUAUAUAAAUAAAGUAGUUUUGGCUUUGCAAGCUGUCUCAUGUAUUCUAC